AAGUUGCAUAUAAGUCUUGUUUUAUGGUUGGAUGCUACCUUAGCGGUGAGGAGUUUUAAUGGGAAAACAGCUAGAAUCCCACACAAUUCAUGUUAUUUUAAUUUGUAUGUAGCUACUUAUGACCCACCCAACCAAUGAACUCUAUACUAAAGUACCAAUGUACUUGUAUACAGUUCAAUACCACUCGUGGUAAACGGCAACGUUGGACUGUGCUAUGUUUAGCUCCUCCUUCAUAGUUUGAUAAUCUGUGGCUCCACCUCCUUCUGUAGGUCUGAACAUAACCGUCUUUAUCUAUGAACAUAACCCGAAUAAUGAUCAAGUUUAAAAGUGAAAUGGAAAAUUUGGGUAAUAUAAAUUGAAAUUAAGAUAUGGUGAGCAGGACCGAAAUGCCACUAUUCCGCUAAAUAUCCAGAUGCAAAGUGGGUGAUGGGCAAAUACAAUAUGUCCUUAGAUAAUUUAUAAUCAUGGUCGACCAAGAAAAAAGCCUCUUUACUUCUGUACAUUUACACACAAACGUUACAUGUAUAGAAGUAAUUGCCAAUCACGUUUUUGCUGGUAUAGGACGGUGUUUGAACAUUUUUGACGCAGAUAAUCAUUUAGUGAAGAAACAGAACGUUUUCAAAAGUGAUGUAAUAUUUGGCAUAAAACCGAACUCAGAACUGAAUAAACUGAUCGUCUAUGGUCAAAAGAGUAUCACUCUAGUACCCGUUUGCUGCGAUAGUCUCGAACUAGGCAAAUCUGAGGAACACUCAUUGACCGAUUGGAUACUGUGCGCGCGAUGGAUCGACGAUGAUACCAAAUUUGUUACAGUCUCUAUGCACAAUGAAGUUAUUUUAUGGACUCAGGAUUUUCGUUCGCAAACAUCAGUCAUAUGCGAAGUAAAGUGCCUUGUGUAUAGUGCCUAUAUAUGUUUUAAGCGGUGGAAGGAGCUGCUCAUUUUAUCUGGAACUGUUUUCAAUGAAAUCCUGCUAUGGAGACCUUCUUCUGUGAACUUGCAGAAUGGACUCUCUACAGUUGUGAAGACACUCAAGAAGCAUAAUGGCGUAAUUUUCUGCAUUGACGUGGACGUGGACAAAGGCCUCAUAUGCACUACUUCCGAUGACCGGUCCGCUGUUCUCUGGAAGUUAAGGAAUCCCGAAACAUUAACCGACGAAACUGUUAUCCACUCGCAACGACUGCAAAUAACUGCCGAGUGCCAAGUGUAUGGACACACAUCCAGAGUAUUCAAGUGCUUGAUAUUGCCUACUGCUUUUGCUACAGCUGGAGAGGACUCCUUUGUCAUUUUGUGGACUUUUCGAGGUGAUUUGAUCAGAAAACUCAGUUCACAUCAAGGUGGUCCCGUGUGGGCUUUGGGCUACCACAGCGGAACUGAUUGUCUCUACAGCGGACGGGCCGAUGGGGGUCUUCAGCGAUUUACAUAUAAAUGUGCCGCGGAGGAAAUUGUGAUGCAGUUGCCUGCAACGGAACAGCCCAGACAUGUAGCGAUUUUAGAUUCGAGAAGCAUGCUUUGCAUGUCGGAAAGCGGCACAUUAUACCAAGAAGGUGAGUGCAAAUUUCAACUGAUAUUAGGCAAGCAUCGAGACUUGCAAAAAUACUCUCUGCUCCGAGUCUCGCCAUGCAGGAAGUUGGCGGCUCUAGCGGGCUAUGAGGGCCAGAUUUAUAUCUACCGAAGUAUAAAUGCAGAGGUACGAUUGAUUCAUCAGUAUUUCCUCAAAUCGAAGUUGCGAAUUCUGGCAUUUCACUGGCUUGAUUGCAGAAGGUUUGUGGUUCUGCAACAGACAACUGUCACAUUGCAUUUUAUCCAUCAGGAGACGAUUCGCGUCGCGGACAUAUUUGAGUUACCUGCAGGACCUAAAGGCAGAUUUACCACUUGCGCUUGUGCUCGGAACAAACACCUUAUUAUUGGCGACAGCGUAGGGCACAUUUACAGCUUCAUCUUAGGUAAUCGUUUGCCGGUGGAUGUUAUUAGAAACGCCCACAGCCAUCUAGGAGUGACCCAACUCUAUGUGAGUCACAACAAGGUGAUUUCUUUGGGAAAAAAUGGGUUUAUUAAAGAUUACGCCAUUGAUGAGCUGACUGGUCAAUUAGAAUGUACUAGAUCGCACCAGACAAACUUUGGUUGGCUGACCGCCAUAGAAAGGGGCGAUUAUAUUCUAUCGUUUUCUGGCAACACUUUUAGAGUUUCUGAUGUCCAAUCGGGAGUUUUGCUUGAAGCACGUUGUGGAGGCGGUCAUCGCUCUUGGGACUGCGCCUCGGAUGAUAGAGGCAACUUGUUGUUUUCGUUCAUCAAGCAGAAGAUGAUACACAAAAUGACAUUCGAUUUAAACAGCUACAAGCCGAGCAAUUUGAUUCAGGGCUGCCAUUCUCGCGCUAUUAACUGCAUGAAACUGGUGGCGUGUGACGACUCCCUUCUAAUGCUCUCAGGCGGCGAAGACACCAUGCUACGCAUCAUGGCAAUACCAGCAGAUGGUUCUGUAAGGGUUUUGGACUGCCUGAAGGUGCACUUGUCUAGCAUCCGCGCCUUGCAUCUACAUCAACUAGGAAGAGACUACAAAGAUCAAUUGUUGGUAAGUGCAGGAGGCCGCGCCCAGAUAAUUUCCUGGCACCUGCAAAUUUGGAGUGAGACACGCGUGACAUGUACGGAGAGAUACAAUUUUUACGAGGCCUCAAGCCAUGACGAGGGCGAAACAAGGAUCAUGGAUUUGAGCACUGCGCAUAUAGACAAUCACUUGGUGCUAUUUGCUGGUUGUUCCACGGGUUGCGUCAAAGUUUUCGAAAUAUUAGACGAUUUGACCUUGUUGUAUCAGAAGGCCGUGGUGCAUUCCAACUAUUCCAUAACGAAGCUUACCUGCAUCACCCAGUACCAGUUACUGGCGUCAAUGGCCACCGAUGGAGCUCUGUCUUUUUGGCAUAUUUCUGAGGCCGUCCCUUCUGAGCCCUUGCAGUCUUAUGCGCUGCAUCAAUCGGGCAUUAACAGCUUCAGUUGUUCGGUGCAGAAGAACGAGCUAGUGGUUUUGACUGGCGGCGAUGACAACUGCGUUACAUUGUCUUUGUUUCUUAUACGUCCGCUUGGGCGCAGUACAACCAUCUGCAAAGUGCACCAAUUUCAGAACAAAUCCAUUCAUUGCGCUCAGAUAACUGGAGCCCUCCUCAGCAAGCGCUAUGCGAUCACCAGCUCCAUCGACCAACGAAUUGUCUUGAGCAAAUGGACGUGUUUGCAUAACCAAGUGAGGAUGAUACAGACGUUCACUUACAACACGGCUGUCACCGAUCUGCAUGGCUUGGAGGGAACAUUUGGCCAACGACUGUGCGCUUAUGGGGACGGGUUUGAGAUUUUAGAUGUGAAUGUGCCAAUGCCUCAAUCAACAGACGAUGUUCUUGAUGAUGUCGAUGCCAAGGAUAACCAACAUCGUCAAGCACCCUUAUGAUACAUAAUGGAGCUGGAAUUGGUUUAAUAAAGUUGCUUGCAUUAGCUGUUGCACCGUGAA